CAGUGGCUCACAUUUAUUUGGAAUAAAAAAAAUGCAAUCAUAUUUCAAAUAACUUUUCUAAAUUAAACCGUACUAACUUAAACAUAAAGUGUAUUUGUUGAUAUAAAAUAUUGAUUUCUGCUAUUUAUAAUACCAAUAAAUUUAUCCAAUGCAUUGUAAACACUAUCGGGAAACAAUGAUAUCCUAAAUGUCUAUUUACAUUUAUUUCAUUAAACAAUAAAUUAUUAUUUUAUUCUAUCAAAAGUCAUAAACAACGGUCUCCGGUUAUCCAUUAAAAACAAACCAGAUCUGAAGAUCUGGACUGCCGAGUCCAACUUCACCUGUAAUGGAGAAAAGUGAACGGUUUUCAGAAUAUCUAUUCGCUAAGAUGGGCCCAGGAGAUGGGGGGCCGAAGACAACGGAGGACCGGACGGCGCCGGUAGAGCCCACUGGUGCCAGGAAGUGGCUGGCAGAUAACAUCAUGCUGGUGAUCACCUUGAUUGGAGUGCUUUUCGGGAUUGCUGUAGGAUUUGGACUUCGCCCCUACCAUCUCGGCCCCGAUGCGCUCAUGAUAAUUUCAUACCCUGGAGAGCUCUUCAUGAGAUUGUUGAAGUUAAUGAUACUACCUUUAAUCAUAGCGAGUCUAAUCGCUGGGUCUGCAAGUUUAAAUGCGAAGAUGAGCGGAAAAAUCGCAGUCCGGACUCUUCUAUACUUUAUACUUACUUCCAUGUUUAAUGCCUUCCUUGGUAUAUUACUGGCUACGAUGAUACAUCCUGGACAACCAGAGUUAAGGGACGAUCAUCAUGCUGUGGUGGAGAAUAAGAGAGACCAUAAGAUCUUGGAUAGCAUACUUGAUAUUGGAAGGAACAUAUUUCCGGAUAAUAUCGUACAAGCAGCCUUUCAACAAGCCCACACAGUGUACACAGAACCACCGACAAUGUUUGCUAGAAAUUUCACUGAAAAUGAUACUCUGCCUAACUUGGUAAGAGUUGUAUCCUAUAGAUCUGGUACUAACACUCUUGGCUUAGUAUUUUUCUGCCUAGUUUUCGGAAGUCUUCUGGGCACCCUGGGGCCUAAAGGACAGGUGGUGAUAGACUUCUUCCAGGCUAUAUUCGAGGUGAUCAUGAAGAUGGUGACGGGUGUCAUGUGGUUUACACCUUUGGGUGUCAGCAGUGUCAUAGCUGGCAAGAUACUUGGUGUUAGCAAUGUCGCUACAGUAAUGUCACAACUAGCAUGGUUUAUAGCAACAGUCACCGUUGGUGUAUUUUUCUAUCAACUUAUUGUAAUGCAGCUCAUAUACUUUGCAUUCCUCAAGAAGAAUCCGUACAAAUUCUAUCUUGGACUCACUCAAGCAAUGCUGACUGCAUCAGCUACCGCAUCUACAGCUGCAGCUCUUCCAGUGACAUUUCGAAGCAUGGAAGGCCCUCUACGGAUAGACCCUCGAAUUACCAGAUUCGUGCUUCCAAUUGGUUGCAACAUCAAUAUGGACGGAACGGCAUUAUUUCUGUCUGUAGCUAGUAUUUUUGUGUGCCAGAUGAAUAGUAUACAUUUGGGAUUUGCGCAAUUAGCAACAAUAUUUUUAACAUCAACCGCGGCGUCAGUAUCAUCAGCAUCAGUACCAUCAGCCGCAAUGGUAUUACUACUCGUGGUAUUAGCAGCCGUUGAUGCCCCUACACAUGAUGUGUCCCUGUUAUUUGCUGUGGAUUGGCUUGUAGAUCGAAUACGUACAACGAAUAAUAUGUUGGGAGAUUGCUAUGCAGCUGCAGUCGUCGAGCAUUUAUCUAAAAACGAGUUGAUGGCUUGCGAUGCAGUUUCUACUGAUCCAGCCCUCAAUUGUUUGACUCCCACCACCAACACUGAGGUUGACAUCGGCGUAGUAAAAUGCGAUGACGUCAUCAUCGAUAUGCACCAGAAUCAUUGUGAUUCCAAUAGGAUUUAGUUUUAAAUAGAAAUUAAGUUACAAAAAUAAGACUAAGUAUUAUAUUGUGUGAAGGUCAUCAUAAAUGGAUGAGUGAUUGCAAAAGUGAGAUUAGAACCUUGUCCAAUGCCUAACCAGAAAUUUAUUAUAUAGACCCUUUUAAUAUCGGUGUAAUACAUAAGCAUGUAGGUAUACAUGUAUAA